UCCGGCACCGCGCCCGCAUUCUCCGGAGAUCGCCAGCAACGCCUGCAACCUCGCCCCGCACCAAGGUGAGAAACUCCUCGCUAAACUUCGCCUCUCAGUUGCCUUGGCCGGCGAGUUCUCCUCUGCAGUGGCGACGUGUCCCAGGAGUUACAAGUAAGCAAACUGUCCUGCCAGGACACACACAGUAGGAAGAAGGAUGUCCAACUGUUACUAUAACCGAUCCAUGAAAUUCUUCUAUGACCUCAACCAGAAUGAUUCACAAGACGACGACUCCCAGACUACCUAUUAUGUCGGAUUAGCGAUCGGCUCAAUUUGCAUCCUCCUUAUUUUCCUGUGCAACGCGACCAUCAUCUUUGUGAUUCUGUUCAACAAACAGUUUCACUUCCCCUUCUACUACCUGCUUGCAAACCUGGCAGCGGCUGACGUUUUCGCCAGCUUGGCUUACACCUUCCUCUUGCUCCAUACUGGGAAACUAGGCAGGAUGUUGACAGUGCAGGUCUACUUUGUACGGCAAGCGUUACUGGACGUCAGCCUGAGCGCGUCCAUCUACAACCUGCUGGUCAUAGCGAUCGAGCGCUACUACUCAGUCAUAAAGAUGCAGCUCCACAGCACCCUGUCCAAGAGACGCGUCUUCUGUCUCAUUCUGGGCAUCUGGGCUGUGGCCGUGAUCAUGACAGCUAUUCCUAACAUGGGCUGGAACUGUAUCUGCAAUAUUAGCACCUGCUCUGUACUGGCGCCCAUUUACAGCCGUGGCUUCUUGAUAUUCUGGUCCCUGCUGAAUAUCCUCACACUUUGUGUCAUAACGGCGAUAUAUUCACGCAUUUACACUUACGUGAGGAAGAAAACGUCAAAGAUAUCGUCCCACACCACUGGUUCCAUGAAACGCAGGAAAAUGCCGAUGCGGUUGGUGAAGACUAUUGUAACCGUGCUUGGUACGUUCAUCAUCUGCUGGACCCCGGGGCUGGUGUUGGUUCUCCUCGAUGGCCUCCACUGCACCAGCUGUAACCUGGAGGGCUUAAAGAAAUGGUUCCUUCUCUUGGCUCUGCUGAAUUCCCUGAUCAACCCCAUCAUUUACUCCUACAAGGAUCGGGAAAUCUGGAAAAGUAUCAAAAGUUUGUUCAGCCACGGCUGUGUACAGACUGUUAGCAUGCAGUUGGAGGACUUGAACACUGGCUCCCACAGGCAGAGCACCGUGUCUGAAAUUAGUGGCCCGGCCUUUAAAACCUGUGAACAUCAGGUCACCACUCAGGAGACAGGCGGGACUCUCAAUCGAUCUUUGACAAGAUUUCCAAAAUUGUCACUGAGCUAAUGUAACUUGUGGAGCACAAACUUAUGAAGUUCUACAAGGUUCUCACCACGACUUGGGUGAUACAAUGUUUUGGGCUCCACAGUUGUAUGUUAAUAAGGGUGGAAACUGAGCUUCUUACUAAAUACCAUCUGAUGCAACUCGUCCACUGACGGAGCAGUUUUUCCCACUUAAACAAGAGGCUUCUUGGUUUUAAUUUUUAAGCUGAGUAUUUCUCAUUGCAAUGUGUGAUGCAAGGCACAGCUGGCUUUUUAUCACUAGGUUAUCAUCUCAUCAGAAGGACCAUCUGUGAAAAGGUGGAGGGUGAUUUGCAAGUGAAAUGUUUCUGGGAUUGAUCCAAAAGAACCAAGUUCCAGAGCUGAAGUGAGAGUGACUGUUGCCGUUUGAGGUAACACUUGAUCAAGUGUGGUCCAUGGCCAUCAAAGGGAUAAUACUCCAGUAUCUAGAAGAUAGUUGUGGUUGUUGGAGGUCAAUCAUCGCAGUCUCAGGACAUCACUGCAGGAGGUCCUGAUCUCUAACUGCUUCAUCAAUGGCCUCCCUUCAGUCUUAUGGUCAGAAUGGGGAUGUUCGCCGACAGUACAACCAUUUUCAAUUCCAUUUGCAUCUCCUCGGCAAAUGAAUCAUCCAUGCAGCAAGAACUGGGCAAUACUUGGAUGUGGGCAGAUAAAAGGCAAGUAACAUUUGUGCCUCAAAGGUGCCAGACAAUGCCUGUCUUCAGCAACUGAGAAUCUAACCAAACAUUCUUGACAUUUAAUGGCAUUAGGUCCUUCACCAUCAAGAUCCUGGAGGGGUCACCAUUGGCCAGAAACUCAAUCGACCUCCGGUGUAAAUACGGUGACUACAAGGGCAGAUCAGAGGUUGGGUAUCCUGUGGUAUUCCCUUCUCUGCCACCUACCAGGCACACCAGGGAUAUAAUGGGACACUCUCUGCUUGCCUGGAUGAGUGCAACAUCAACGUCACUCAAGAUGCUCGACACCAUCUUGAUUGUAUCACCACUUGGUUGACACCUCACCCACCAUCCUGAACAUUCGCUCCCUCCACCGGCACACAGUGUGAACCAUCUACGAACUCACUGCAGUUACUCAUCUGGGCAUCUCCAACAUCUACCUCCCAAACUGAGACCUCGUUCAGCAAAAAAGAACACAGAGAGCUGGUGCAGGGGGUAUCAUCACCCCUUCAUCACACACCACCCUGACUUGGAAAUACAUCACUGGUCCUUUGUUGUUGCUGGGUCUAACCUCUGGAACCCCCUCCUCCCUAGCAACACCACUUUCACCAGAAACGCUGCAGUGGAUCAAGAAGAUGGCUCACAAGGGCAAUUAGGGAUGGGCAAUAAGUGCUGGCCAUCCCAGUGGAGGCCUCAUGGUGAGUAUAAAGUGUAAACGUACAUGGGCAGCCCUUAAGAAUGAUGUAGAAGUCCAGGUUUCGCAACAGAUGGAGUAAAUGUGGGGGAUUUGCAAGCAGAUGUUGGUGUUACCAGGGAGAACGAUACAGAUACCCAUUCUGCUCAGACCUGUAGUCCCCCAUCAGUGGAUUGAGGGGUGACUGACAUCAUGAAGGAGUUGAUGUUGAUAAACACCUGACUCCCAGAACAAAAGACUACUGUUUCAAUAACUUGGUUUAUGGACACUCCUAUUGAGGGAAGAUGUAUAAGAUGCCAAGUUGCACAGAGAUGCAGGCAGCACAGUUAGUAGUGCCGCUCCCUCACAAUCCCCGUGUCCCAGGUUCGAUCCCGACCUCCGGCGCUGUCUGUGUAGAGUUUGCACGUUCUCCCUGUGACCACAUGGGUUUCCCCCGGGUGCUCCGGUUUCCUCCCACAUCCCAAAAAAGUGCCAGUUGGUUGGUUAUUUAGCUGCUGUAAAUUGCUUCUAUUGUGAGGGGUAGAAUCUGGGGGGAGUUGAUGGUAACGUGGGGAGAAUAAAAUGGGAUCAGUGAAAUUGGAAGGUUGGUGGUCAGUGUGAACUCAGUGGGCUGAAAGACCUGUUUAUUUGCUGACACAAGAAGUACUCAAUCUGCUUCAUGUAAAAUAGGAAAUUAUUAGAUCAAAACAGAAAGUGCUGUACAUGUUCAGCAGGUCAGGUAGCACCUGUGGAGAGAGAUUCAUCAACUUGAAAUGCUAACUCAUUUGCUUUCAUUAGUUGAGCCAUUAAGUUCACAAUCCAGGAAGUUAUGUUGCAGCUUUAUAAAGCUCUGGUUAAGCCGCAUCUGGAGUAUUGCAUUCAGUCCUGGUCACCUCAUUACAGGAAGGAUGUGGAGGCUUUAGAGAGGGUUCAGAAGAGGUUCACCAGGAUGCUGCCUGGAUUUGAGGGUAUGAGCUAUAAGAAGAGGUUGGACAAACUUGGGUUGUUUUCUCUGGAGCAGUGGAGGCUGAGGGGAGAUUUGAUAGACAUUUAUAAAUUUACGAGAGACAUAGAUAGAGUAGACAGCCCCAGUGUCUUUUUUCCCAGGAUUGAAAUGUCUAAUAUCAGAAGGCAUGUAUUUAAGGUGAGGGGGGAAAGUACAAAGGAGAUGUGCGGGGCAAGUUUUUUUACACAGAGAGUGGUGGGUGCCUGGAAUGUGCUGCCAGGGGAGGUGGUGGAGGCAGAUACGAUAGGGGCAUUUAGUGAUUCUUAGAUAGCCACAUGAAUAUUCAGGGAAUGGAGGGAUAUGGUCAAAGUGCGGGGAAGAGGGAUUAGAUUAAUUAGGAGUCAUUGGUUUAAUUAGGUGAGCACAACAUGGUGGGCCGAAGGGCCUGUCCUGUACUCUUCUAAGUUUCAUGUUCUAUUAUCUAAGGUUAGAGACAAAGUCACAACAGAACGAUGCACAAUCCAUGCACUACACCUUCCUAUUCUCCACAAGGAGUUGUGGGCUGAUUGAGGCUUCAGUAACAAUGGGCAUUGCUUACACACUGAUACACAUGGGCUGUAAAAUUUAUAUGAUUAACGUCUUGAGACUCUGAGAAUUCUGUUCUGUAUAUCUCAGGAUACAGCUAGAUCUUGACUGAGUUUGUUUGCAUUGUUCAUCUUGUCUGGUCCACAUGAUCUAAAUGUUUUGUCUGAGCAUUGCCUUUCCAAUAAAG